UUUAGAGUGACUGAGGCACUCAGCUGGGUGUUCAGGAGGGACUGUUUUUGGGACAGCCUACUGAAGGAUUCUUGCCUUGCUUUGGAUUCAGAUGUUGGAGAGCAUUUGGACUGAAAGGGAGAGGGAGAGGGAAUCAAGAGGACACAAAACCAAAAGAUUUCUGGCCAGCAGAUAAGGACGCAAGGAAGAUAUAAUGAAAGAGUGACGAGGAUUCAUAUGCAGUGAUUGUGGGCCUGGCGAUCAAGCAGGAAAUGGUUUGUAGACCAUUGGAAUUUAUGGUGUACAAAGGCAAAUCAGCCGUGAGUGUUUGACAAAGGACCAAAAGCCAACUGAGAGACACUCUCCCAGAGGAACCACCGUACAGGCUUUGCUCGAUUCAUUUUUACAGUCGAAUUUUGGCUUCAUCUUCUUGAUUUCUUCUUGAAGUAAACUUUGGACAGUGUCAAUCAUGUCUGAGGAGAAAGACAUGUCCUACAGCGAGGCCAUUCAGAAAGCCAGUGCCUCCAUCACUCGCUUCCCUCUCAUCCCGGUCAGAGGAGUUCCUCUCAUGAGCUACAUCGCCAACAGCUGGGACUCCAUCUGGGCUUUCCGUCCUGACCCCUCAGACCUCCUCAUCGCCACCUACCCGAAAGCAGGGACCACAUGGACCCAGGAGAUAGUUGACCUGCUUCUUCACAAUGGAGAUGCUGACAUCUGCAAACGAGCGCCCACACCCGUCCGCAGUCCUUUCCUAGAGAUCUGCUCCCCACCACCCAUCCCUUCAGGUCUUGAUCUUCUGAAGAAAAUGGAUCCACCACGAGUUAUUAAAACACAUCUUCCUUUUCAGUUGGUGCCUCCUGGAUUUUGGGAAAACAAGUGCAAGGCUAUAUACGUGGCACGCAAUGCCAAAGACAACAUGGUGAGCUACUACUACUUUGAUUGUAUGAAUCUGACCCAGCCUGAGCCAGGGCCCUGGGAGGGCUACAUCCACAAGUUCAUGCGAGGAGAGCUGUCAUGGGGCUCCUGGUAUGACCAUGUGAAAGGAUACUGGGUGGAGAGAGAGAAGAGGAAUAUCCUUUACCUCUUCUAUGAGGACAUGAAAGAGAAUCCUCGGCGUGAGGUUGAGCGCAUCAUGAGGUACCUGGACUUGUCGGUGUCUGAUGAGGUCAUCGAUCGAAUUGUGGAGCUCACGUCCUUUAAGAGUAUGAAGGAGAACCCGAUGGCCAACUACUCCUGUGUCCCAGCACCUGUUUUUGAUCAGUCCAUCUCUCCCUUCAUGAGAAAAGGUGAAGUGGGCGAUUGGACAAACCAUUUCACACCUGAGCAAUCAAAGAUGUUUGAUGAAGACUAUGAAAAGCAAAUGAAGGACGUCAACAUACCAUUCAGGACCCUCAUCUAAUGGAUUUGGGGGUUUUACAAGUUGAUGCUGCUCUGUAAACCAAAGACCAAAUAAACUGACGCUGUGCAGCUCUUAGAGGGCAGAAAUACUGUGAGAAAAAAACAAUGACACUUGCUAAAAACCAAAACAAACAAUGAAUAAAAAGAAAAAUGUUUGACUAACUUCUCAAGUCUGGAUGUGAAACACUAUAAUCACUGAAUCUCAAGUAUGUAUAAAAGAUCAAUAAAAAUGUGCUCCACAAUACAA